UAAGGAGCACCUGUCAUCCCAACAUCCUUUGCGUGUCCAAUAUGGAAGAACUGGCGGUGGAGGUCCGUGGCUCCAACGGGGCUUAUUACAAGGGCUUUGUCAAAGACGUCCACGAUGACUCUCUCAACAUUGCCUUUGAGAACAAUUGGCAGCCAGAGCGCCAGGUGCCCUUCAGUGAUGUCAGGAUGCCACCACCUGCUGACGGCAAGAAGGACAUUGGAGAGGGCGAGGAGGUGGAGAUCUUGUCCAGAGCCAAUGAUCAGGAACCUUGCGGUUGGUGGCUGGCAAAAGUGCGCAUGAUGAAGGGAGAUUUCUACGUGAUAGAGUAUGCAGCCUGCGACGCCACUUAUAAUGAGAUUGUGACCUUUGAGCGUUUGCGUCCAGUCAACCCUAACAAGGCCAUCACCAAGAACUCCUUUCACAAGUGCACUGUUCCUGUUCCUCAGGAUCUACAAGAAGCGUGCCAGAAUGAGAACGUCCAUAAGGACUUUAAGAAAGCCGUGGGAGCCUGUCGCAUCUCAUACUGCCCUGAGACCAGCCAACUAGUGAUUGUGUCCAUGAAUGAGACAACAGUGAAGCGUGUGUCUUUGCUGAGUGACAUGCACCUGCGUAGCAUCAGGACCAAGCUGCUGCUAAUGUCACGCAACCAUGAGGCCACAAAGCACCUGGAGAGCUCCAGACAGCUGGUGUCGUCCUUCCAGGAGGAGUUUAUGGUGAGACCAGAUCUGAUGGGCUUGGCAAUCGGCAGCCAUGGUAGCAACAUCCAGCAAGCACGCAAAGUUCCAGGUGUCACUGCCAUUGAGCUGGAUGAGGAGACUGGCACUUUCAGGAUUUAUGGAGAGUCUGCAGAGGCGGUCAAAAAGGCCAGGAGCUACCUGGAGUUUCUGGAGGACUCUGUCCAGGUGCCCAGGAACCUUGUUGGGAAAGUGAUUGGUAAGAAUGGUAAGGUCAUCCAGGAGAUUGUGGACAAGUCUGGCGUGGUGAGGGUCAGGAUAGAAGGAGACAAUGACACCAAGCAGCCCCGACAGGAAUUGACACAGGGAAUGGUCCCAUUCACCUUUGUCGGUACUAAGGAGAGUAUUGGCAAUGUCCAGGUCUUGUUGGAGUACCACAUCUCUUACCUCAAUGAGGUUGAGCAGCUUCGCCUGGAGAGGAUGCAGAUUGAUGAACAGCUACGUCAGAUCACCCAGGGUCACCGACCAGCUGACAGAGAGAGAGGGGAACGAGGAGGAGGAGGAUAUAACACAGACGGGAGUGCUAAUGCCUCCUCGUCCUCUUCACAUGUCACUCGCUCUUACAACAGUCGAGGGCGUGGGCGCAGAGGCCACAGCUACAGCACUGGAUAUGGCACCAACUCAGAGCAAUCCAACGCCUCUGAGACAGAUUCAGAGCGAAGGGAUGAGCUCAGUGACUGGUCCCUUGCUGGAGAGGACCAGGACAGGGAGAGGGAGAGAGGCCCACGCCCACAAAGAGACGGUCGCAGGAGGCCUGGACCUGGCCGAGGUCGAGGAGGGACUGGAGGACGAGGAAGAGGAGGAAGAGGUGGAUACCACAACAGCAGCUCUGGGCCUCGGGACCAUGAGGAUAACCAUGCCUAUGGAGCCCUGGAGACAAACACAGAGACAGACCAGACUGCUGAUACAGAUGCUAGUGAGUCCAACCUGCCUGCAAACCGCCGCAGAAGAUCUCGACGACGCAGAACAGAUGAGGACGCCACGCUGAUGGAUGGCAUGAGCGAGUCGGACAACGCCUCAUUGAGUGAAAACGGAAUAGAUGACCCUGAAGCUAAACCUCAGCGUCGUAACCGUAGUCGCCGUCGCCGCGUUCGCUUGCCUGAGGAGAGGCAGCCAGUGACCGUGGCUGACUACAUAUCCAGAGCUGAAUCUCAGAGCAGACAGACAUCCACCAAGGACACCAAGAAAAGCAAGGACGUGGGUCAGGUGGAUACUAUCGCUGAGCACAGCCCACCGUCUGCCCCGGCAACCACCAACGGCUCCAACAGCAAUGCUGCUGACAGUGAGGGCAGCAAUGCCACCAGAGCUCCCAGGUCUUCCACUGAGAGGCCCGCCAAAGUCUCCUACCAGGGGGACUCCAACCCGCAACCUGUUGUUAAUGGACUCUCCUAGUCAAGCCUGAGCAAGGGAAAUGGUUUCAAAUAUUUUCAAUUAUUUGGCUGCGCUCGAUCAAAUCUCCCUGUCUCUGGAGCAGCCUUGAAAGUUAAACAUAUAAAUGCAACAAGUACUGUUCUGUUUUUUACUUUACAAAUAUUUGAAACUUGUUCCACUGCACAGGUUUUAGAGGUCUGAACCUUUACUUCCCCUUUACACAUGUGCUCUGUCCAACUGUUCAUUUUACUACAGUUUUUGUACAAUAGUUCUUCCUGUAUGAGCUUGCCAAAGAUAGUCAAACACACAUACUUACAGACAUCUACUUAACUGUACUUUUCAGUCCACUCUUCAUUGAGAGCUCGCGAAGAGGUCGGACUGAAUGCAGUAUUUAUAAAAUGCAGACAGGGAUUCCACUCAAACCCAUACUGUGGUAUGAAUGCAGCAGUUUUUUUAUUGGUGAAAAUAAUAUCAUGGCAGGGUUUUAGAAAAAAAAAAAAAAAAGUCUGCCUUUUACCAGGUGGACUCUGAAAGAUGCUUCCACAACCUUUUUCAAGAUGUUUAGUGCAUCUGAAGUAGUUUGUAAAUUAAAUAUUCUGCAUGAGCAGUACCACAGUGCAGAUAGGUUUGUUGGAAACCCAAGUAUAUUUGACAUACAUGUGAUCAGCUGUUGUGCCUUGAGAGUAGAUUCAACAUGUUGUUGCCUGGCUCUGCACACCGUCUGAAAUCUUUUCACUUAUUUCUGUGUUACUUGGUGAUCAUCGCCUGCCACAGGUGAACCAGAUGAGUUGUCUCCUUGGUCUGUAUGUACCCUUAUGGCACUGUAGGCUGGUGGAUGCAAACACUUUAAGACCAUGAAAGGAUUUCAGAGGCAUAUCUUUUGAAAAUCAGGUGUGCUAAUUCUUAAUGUUUGUGGGGAAAGUGAGUCCAGUUAUCCUUUAUAUAUAUAUCUGUUGGGGAGUUUGACAUUAGCUGCUUUCUGUUUUUCAAUAUGCAACCACUUCAGUCAUAGAAGAAAUGUUAAUACAGCGUGUCUGGAAAAGAAACAAACAAUAGAAGAAGUUGUUUUCUUUGCACUGAAACGUUUUCUGUUAAAAAGUUGAUUGUAGUUGAGUCUGGAAACUGGCCUGUUACUGUUAAUUGCUGGACAGAGAUGUAGCCAUCAGUGCUGGGUUUCCUGGAAACAUCUCAUUGCUAAACAUUGGGCACUUUAAUCAAAUAUGACAAGGGGGAUCCUGAGUACUGUUUCCUCGCAGAAAUCCUAUUACAUCAAAAGACUCGAAGCAUGUUUGCUGUACCUACAGCUACUAUCCCCUUUUACAUGCCCACUAUUGCAAAAAUCCUGUUUGAGCAGUAAGGACCAGACAACCCUGGUGUUGCGAUGUUUCUGGAAAACCAAGCCCAGGUGACAAUGAUGUCAUUUUCAUGGUUCUUCCACAGACUGGCUGGCUGGAAACUGGUCAUGACUGUUCCAUUAAGGAAGGAGAUUUAUUUGGUUUAUUUAUUUAAAAAAAUGUACAGUAUUUAAAAAAAAAACAAAAAACAAGAGAAUUUUUUUUUCUUGACACUAAAACAUGCGUUACCUUGCGUUUUCUUUUAGGACAAAUGACAAUUUGGACUACUGACAGUUGUGACAUCCCAAGCGUUUCUGUUGGGUCAACUACAGUAUGUGUUUUUUUUUCUUUUUUUUUUUAAAGAUCGCUCUGGUUGGUUGAUGUGCAAUAUGUUUUGUAUGCAGGUAGUUCUUAAAUAAACUUGAUCUUCCAUGUAGAUCUAAA